AUGCUGAGACGGGCUCAAAUGGCGACCAACAUUGGGAUGAUGGACAGUGCCUACUUUGUGGGAAGAAACGAGAUUCUGGGUUGGAUCAAUGACCGCCUUCAUCUCAAUCUCUCUCGUAUCGAAGAGUGUCGGUGGCCUCAGACGAUUGGUUCUGAGAAAUGUAGUGUUUAUCUGGCUGCAUCGGGUGCUGUGCAAUGUCAAAUGUUGGACAUGACUUUUCCAGGAGUUGUGCCAAUGCACAAGGUCAAUUUCGAAGCAAAGAACGAGUACGAGAUGAUACAAAACUACAAGGUUAUGCAAGAAGUCUUCACCAAACUGAAAAUCACAAAGCCACUGGAAGUCAACAGGCUUGUCAAAGGACGACCACUAGACAACUUGGAGUUUCUACAAUGGCUGAAACAACGAAGAUCAAGAGGUGGCAGAGAGAAAAGCGUAAAGGGAACGAGUAAGGUCUCAAAGUCAUUGCAAACAAACAAUAUGCAUCAUCCUCCGGUCACUACUUCCAACAAACCACCUGGUCCCAAGCAAGCAAGAUCACAUGCAAUUGGAGGUGGGAGCAACUCAUCAGCCGAAGUGCUAGCUCUGUCGAAGGAGCUUGCAGAUCUCAAGGUCUCAGUCGAUCUCUUGGAAAAAGAAAGAGACUUUUACUUCUCUAAGCUCCGGGAUAUAGAGAUACUCUGUCAGACUCCUGAACUCGACGAUGAUCUUCCGGUAGUGGUAGCUUUUAAGAAGAUAUUAUAUGCAACAGAUGCAAAUGAGUCUGCAUUAGAAGAAGCUCAAGAGUGCCUGAACCAGUCUCUAGGGAUUGAGGCGGAGGAAGAAGAAGAGGAAGAUGCAGAAGAAGCAGAAGCAGAAGAAGAAGCAGAGACCCAGACUUAA